AUGCCUGCGGCCGGAUGCGCUCCGCUGACCGGGCCUUUGGGCAAGCAGCUGCUGGCCUCGGUGGACUCGGUCCUGUUCGACUGCGACGGGGUGAUCUGGCGAGGGGAGCAGGCGGUUCCCGGGGCCGCGGAGGUCGUCCAGCUCCUGAAGGACCAGGGCAAGAAGGUCUUCUUCAUCACCAACAACAGCAGCAAGACCCGCAGGAUGUACGCGGACAAGAUGGCCCGGCUAGGCUUCCCGGUGGGGGAGGAGGAGGUGUUCGGAACAGCCUACUGCUGCGCCCGGUACCUGCGGACCGUGUGCGAGCUCCGGGCGGGGAAGGUCUACCUGAUCGGGACCCCGGCCAUGGAGCAGGAGCUGGAGGCCGUGGGGAUCCAGCACACCGGGGUGGGCCCGGACCCCGUCGAGGGGAAGCCGGCCGACUGGGCCGCCGUGACCCUUGACCCCGAGGUGAGGGCGGUGGUGGUGGGCUUCGACGAGCACUUCAGCUACAUGAAGCUGAACCGGGCCCUGCAGUACCUGAGCCGGGAGGACUGUCUCUUCGUGGGGACCAACCGGGACUCCCGGCUGCCCCUGGAGGGGGGCAAGUUCAUCCCGGGGACCGGCUGUCUCCUCCAGGCCGUGGAGACCGCCGCCCAGCGCCGGGCCCAGACGGUGGGCAAACCCAACACCUUCAUGUUCGACUGCGUGGCCUCCCAGUUCGGCGUGGACCGGGACCGCUGCCUGAUGGUGGGCGACCGCCUGGACACGGACAUCAUGCUGGGGUCCAACUGCGGGCUGAAGACCCUCCUGACUCUCACGGGGGUCGGCACGGUGGCGGAGGCCGAGGCCCACCGGGACAGUGGGUGUGCGGAGAGGCAGCGGAUGGUUCCGGACUACUACGUGAAGACCAUCGCAGAUCUGAUCCCGAUUCUGCAGGGAUGA